GAGCUCAUUUACAACGGAUAUGUUUUGUUGAUAGUUUCGAUCGUAUCUCUCAGCAAUAACAACAUGAACCAAACCGAGUUGGUAGAGCUACUCAAAAAACAUUUUGGGAUCGAGGGCUUGUCAAGCACAAUCGAGGGAUUGAAUCUCAACAACAGCGAUGUGACGUUGGAGGACUUGUUGAAAGCACUAGAGAAAAACGAGUACCUCUUUAAAAGUGUGAUACGAGACGACAUGGACGAAGUGAUCGAGUACUCAAUCGGGCGAAGAGCAAAGGCCGAAUUCCCGAAGGAAAGCAUGGUCGAGCUAGUUCGGUUCGUGUACGGGCUG